ACCACUGUGUCCCAGCCCAAACCCUACUUUUCCUUCAUGUUCUCGAUAGACCAGGAAAUUAUAUAAGGGUAAAGUUUGAAACCCUAAACCCUCUCUGCAGUUUUGAUCGAAUAUGGCGAACAAAAGACAGAAAUUAGCUCGCAAACAAUACAAAGAAGCGCACCCCGAGCUGUUUCCGACCCCAGAGCCAACCCCCGCGAAAGACCCAGACAAGAAGAGGAAGAAGAAACAAAGCAGCAAGUUCAAGCGCAAAAAAGAAGGACCCAAAGAACCCAAUAAUGGCUACAAAAAGGGGAUUAGAAAACACCCACUUAGAGUUCCUGGCAUGAGGCCUGGUGAAAGCUGCUAUAUAUGCAAAGCCAAUGAUCAUAUUGCCAAGCUUUGCCCUCAAAAAGCUCAAUGGGAGAAGCAUAUGAUAUGUUUGCACUGUCGUCAACGUGGACAUAGUCUGAAGAACUGCCCUGAUGUAAUGGAUAAAAAGACGUGCUACAACUGUGGAGAAACUGGACAUUCACUUUCGAAAUGUCCUCAACCUCUUCAAGAUGAGGGGACUAAAUUUGCCCAAUGUUUUGUCUGUAAGGAAAUUGGACAUUUGAGCAAAAACUGCCCCAAAAAUACUCAUGGAAUCUAUCCGAAGGGCGGUUGUUGCAAAAUAUGCGGUGGUGUAACCCAUUUAGCCAAAGAUUGUCCUGAUAAAGGCAAAAGAGCAUCUGCUGCAGCUAAUGGAGAAGGCACAUCGAUCGGAAGCUUUGAAAGGCCUAGAGGGCAAGUGACGAAAUUCAUUAGCGGAGACGAUCUCGAGGAUGACUUCGCAACACAGCAGUCAACGGACAAUGCUUCUGACGCUAAGAUAAAUUCUAAAAGGCAUAAAGGGCCUAAAGUAAUAAAUUUUGUAGGAGAUCUCUUACUCAUAUCCUACCCAAUACUACAUUUCUCUCUUUCACUCUUCAUUCUCCCACAAAGGCUUUCUUUCUCUUUGGACAACAAAAUGGCGAAUGCGGCGUCCGGGAUGGCUGUUGAUGAUGAAUGUAAGCUGAAAUUCUUGGAGCUAAAGGCGAAGAGGAACUACCGGUACAUCAUAUUCAAGAUUCAUGAGCAACAAGUGGUGGUGGAUAAAGUCGGGAACCCGGAGUCGACCUACGAGGAGUUCACGGCAUCUCUGCCUGCCGACGAGUGCCGAUAUGCUGUCUUUGAUUUCGACUUCACCACUGAUGAGAAUUGCCAGAAAAGCAAAAUCUUCUUCAUUGCAUGGUCACCCGAUACGUCAAGGGUGAGAAGUAAGAUGGUGUACGCUAGCUCAAAGGACAGAUUCAAGAGGGAACUGGAUGGCAUUCAAGUGGAGUUGCAGGCAACAGAUCCUAGUGAAAUGAGCUUCGACAUUAUUAAAUGCCGUGCAAUUUAACUCUUCUUCUUCUCCCAAAACAUUGAUGGAUCCAA